AUGCUUGUAAAUAUAAAUACACUCAUGUUACUUGUUAUCUUGUUUGUGCUCUCAGUUCUGUUGGUCACGGCGGAGCAAAAUUGCGUGGAAACACUUAACGAGCGAUGUACCACGCCGUACCAGAGGACAGAAGAAGCAAUCGAACGGCGCAAUCCGAAUGACAACCCAGCGUUCUGUACCGCUCUGGCGAUUUAUUUACGCUGCUUUAAAGACGUGAAAAAGAAAGUGAAAAGUUGCAGCUCCAACCUAUACUUCCACACAAUUUCUACGCUCAUACCGAGACUAAUGGAGGAUCGAAAAUGUGGGAAUGUUUCACUUCCGAUAAACAAAACAGUUCUCAACACGACAGCAACGAUAGGGCCAGUGACCAGUCAACCUGCUUGCCUGAACUUUUCACACGAACAAAUCACACCGUUGAGCGGAGAAAUUAAACAAGAUCCAUACCAGUAUCGACUGUGUGCUUUAUUUGGGGACCCUCAUUUAAAAACAUUCACCGAAGAAAGGCAAACGUGUGUUGUUAAAGGCGCAUGGCCUCUCAUAGAAAACGAGUAUUUCUCCGUACAAGUUUCUAACGUUCCCGUGGUCAGUGGGUCUAGCGCUACGGCUACAAACACGGUAAGCAUUAUUGCAUUAUUUUUUACAUAGAGCGUGUCCAAACAACACAUCCUUUUGAAUUAUGCAUACACGUCCUGUAGUUUUGGGCCUGCUUGCAAUUCAAACAUGGACUCCAACAGCUUGUCAAAGACACGGCAUGUCUUCUGGCACAGAGUUCGUCGCUUUCGCAAGCUGUGCGUUUUCUAAUUACUUACGAGCCAACUUUGGCUAUGUUGUAGCAGGUUUCCCCGGCAAGUACGCUGUCCAUUCAUUAAAGUCACAGUACUGUAAUAAGCUUUGCAUUGACUUAGCUUGUUCUCUUUUGUGAUGAAUUUAAUCACAUAUCAUCAUGCAAUUUGUUUCUAAAAUAAGGCAAUCCAUCAUCGCAACUAGCACAAGAGGCUGUCGAAAAUGAUGGAUCGCGUUUUACUGAGUUUCUACUCUAAUCCGUAGUCGUAUGUAUUUCUCUCUAGAUCACAGUCGUGAUAAAACCAAGGGGCAAUGGUUGCGUUCUUCAGAAAACUUAUCGAGCAGAAGCAGGCGACACGCUCCCUGCAGAGUUCGAGGAUGGAACUUACAAAACAGGGCCUUUGGACUGUCCAGCUAGGAUUUAUACGCGGCAAAAGGGACCCCGCACACACAUCGAGAUUAAAAUCUGUUACAUUAGUACUACGAUAAUUAUCCGACAGGUCGGACAGUUUCUGACGUUUCACGUUAAAGUUCCCGAACAGUUACUUUGGAAGUUUCCAACGGAUGGACUUUGUGUAACAGGAUGCCCUUACUUGCAGAGAAUUGACUACAGAGAGCUUUUAUCUUUUACGGACGAUCAACUCGCGAAAUUGCGCCCGCGAAGAAGUAAAAUGUCGCGGAAAGAAGCCUAUGCGAAGUGUAUGGAGAAAAAAAUCGCAGGCUUUUACUUAGACUCGUGUUUGUUCGACCUGUUGACAACAGGCGAUCAGAAUUUUAGCGCGGCAGCGUGGCAUGCUCUUGAUGAUUCAUUCGUAUUGGAUGAACAGGGAACAUUGAAAGAUAUACAAAGUUACAAUACCACACAGCCGCGGGAAGAAGCUUUCACUCCAAGCGCUCACGACAGAAAACACAAGAGAAACACUAGCGAACGAAACGUAACUAAUUCAUUUUGCAAACUCUGGACUUUGUUGAUAAUUUUGUUUGCGUUUACAGCGAGAUGACAUCCUCCAUACUCUGAUCUACGUGUUGUUAAUUUGAAGACAGAUUGAAAAUAAUUUGAUGUCUGUCCGUUCAUUUUAAUCCGAUACCUGCUGCCCGUGUAUUCUGUAUCUUAGUGAGAUUAUUUUCAAUCUUUCAGAAUCUACUUGUAAUUAAGAGCGCGACUUGUGACCUUUUAUUCAAUCCAUUGGAAUCGAUCCUUUCCAGCGACAUGUAACAAAUCCUUGUUUGAAAAUCGUGCCGUAGGAAAGGUUGUUUAUACAACAGAAGAUGUACAGUUUGUAUGUAAAAAAUAAGCCCAACUUGAAUACUAGAGGCAUACAUUUUAUAUAUUUUUAGUGAUAUUUUCGUCGGGCACGGAUCAAUAGAACAUUGAAUAGAAAUUUAUUUGUUUUAUACAUUCUCGAUUAAUUUAUGAAACCACAAGAGGCAUUUCGACAAAUGCACACAUACACGUCACACACGAAGAUAUGUCCAAUAAAUCUCAUUGCCA